GGGCGCCCUGCUGGCCUCCGAGGUAACCUGUUCUGAUGCCUCCCAAUGACGAGUCCCACGGCGCUGUCUCUUUGCUUCUGUCCCUUCGGUGCACUUUCUUUCUGGCCCUUUCUUUCUGCUGGGAUGGAAAUUCUAUGAUGCAGAUGACUAUCACCCAGAGGAAAACCGAAUGAAGAUGGGAAAAGGGAUCCCACUGAAUGACCAGGACAGGAUACCAUGGCUCUGCAACUUACAUGACAUUUUACUAAGAGAUGUAGCCUCUGGACAGCAUGUGGUUCUAGCCUGUUCGGCUCUGAAGAAAGCAUACAGAGACAUCUUAAUACGAGGAAAAGAUGGUGUAUCCCCGAAGUGUGAUGAGACGGGGAAGGACAAACACCCAGCAGAAGUGAAGCUCCUCGUGGUCCAUCUGAGUGGGUCGUUUGAGGUCAUCUCUGGGCGUUUACUCAAGAGAAAAGGACACUUUAUGCCCCCUGAAUUAUUGGAGUCCCAGUUCGAAACUCUGGAACCCCCAUCGGCUCUAGAAAAUUUCAUCCAAAUCAGUGUGGACAAAAAUCUUUCAGAGAUAAUUGCUACAAUCGUGGAAACUCUAAAAUGAAAAUCGCUUCAAAUUGGGGGUCCAGAACAAUCAGGCAGACAUUUCUAUCCCAUCCCAAUCUAUGUUCUACUGUUUUUACCAGUAUUCUAAAUUCUUGGGGUGAACAAACCCUAGUGUACUGAACUCUACUUGCCUGGGUAUAUUUUUAGGCAUUUGUGCUCUGGCACAUGGGGAGGAGACAGGAGGGCAUUUUGAAAGUAAAGCUUCAAUAGAAAUUCAAAUUCCUGUCACCUAAUCAGAUGAUCAGAGGGAAUUCUAUAAUCAGUGCUAUAAAUCACAACCUCAUUUAGAACAUCCUUGAUCAUGCCUAUAUCUGAACAAAUAAAUGAAACUUGGCUAUA